UCGAACAAAAAUAGACCACAACUCCAUUUGAUGAAGUAGUAGUACUAGUCGUGGAAGAAGAAGGAGGAGAAGAAGAGAACUCGAACCUCUCGAAGCGAUGGCGGCGCCGACGAUCGCCUCCGCUUGCUUCUCUUCUCUCUCCCCUUUAUCUCCCCGCUUCUCCAAUGGAAGAUCCUCGCGAAUCCUCGCCAUGGCGCCCAAACAGAAGGUCAACCGAUACGACGACAACUGGAAGAAGCAAUGGUACGGAGCGGGUCUCUUCGCGGAGGGAAGCGAGGAGUUGUCCGUCGACGUCGUGAAGAAGCUGGAGACGCGCAAGGUGCUAUCCGGCGUGGAGAAAUCCGGGCUGCUCUCCAAGGCGGAGGAGCUCGGCAUCACGCUCUCCUCCAUCGAGAGGCUGGGCUUCCUGUCCAAGGCGGAGGAGCUCGGCCUUCUCAGCCUCCUGGAGCGCGCCGCUGGGUUCUCCCCUUCUGUUCUCGCCUCCGUCUCCCUCCCUCUCCUCCUCGCCGCCGUCGCCGCCAUCGUCCUCAUCCCGGACGACUCCGCCGCGCUAGUAGCCGCGCAGGCCUUCCUUUCCGCCGCUCUCGGCGUCGUUGCCGCUGGUCUCUUCGUCGGCUCCGUCGUCCUGGGCGGGUUGCAGGAAUCGGACUGAGUGAUGGACGAGUUUGGCUUUUGUAUACCGAGUUCAACUCGCGUGGAUCGGAGGGAGGUACUCUUGUGUAUUUAUUAUUUGUAGAAAAGAAAAAGGAGAAUUAGGAUUAUUAUUGUAGUUGUACUAAUGCAAAUUACUUCCAUUUAAAUCCUGAAAGAAAAUAAUGAUGUUAAUCUCU